GAUUCCGGAACCCGAACAAUAGCAUUUCUUUCCCUUUAUUUACUUUUAAUCUAAUCCACUCAACUCCACUAACAUCUCCUUGUGCAAAACUGAGCAAUAGAACAAGUGUUGUUUGUUCUUGACUUCUUGCCAUGAAGUUCUGGAAGAUCCUGAAGAGCCAGAUCGAGCAGACCCUGCCCGAGUGGCGUGACCAAUUCUUGUCCUACAAAGACUUGAAGAAACUGUUGAAGGUUAUGUGUCCUAAAGAUGCACUCACUCCACCCCGUUUGGAUGCUGAAGAGCUUAACCAUUUCCUUCACCUUUUGGAGCUUGAGAUUGAUAAGUUUAAUGCUUUCUUUGUUGACAAGGAAGAAGAGUAUAUCAUCAAGUGGAAGGAGUUACAAGACAGAGUUGCCAGAGCUGUGGAUUCAAACGUGGAGUUGAUGUCACUAGGGAGGGAAAUAGUGGAUUUUCAUGGGGAGAUGGUUUUGUUAGAGAACUAUACUGCACUCAACUACACAGGUCUAGUGAAGAUAAUAAAGAAAUAUGAUAAGCGAACUGGUGCACUACAUCGCUUGCCUUUUAUCCAAGAUGUGUUGAACCAGCCUUUUUUCAAGAUUGAUGUGCUUAACAAGCUUGUAAAGGAGUGUGAGGUGAUACUGAGUAUUCUUUUCACCAAUGACUGGCUUUCAAUUGGUGAGGAUUAUGAGGAGGAUGAAUGUGGCUCCGUGACUGAAAAUGAAAACAAAGAGACGCUGAUGCAUGUUCCCAGAGAACUUGCUGAAAUUGAAAACAUGGAGAGCACGUUCACCAAACUAACUUUAUCAGCACUGCGUAGCUUGGAAGAAAUUAGGGGUAGAAGCUCGACAGUAAGCAUUUUCUCAUUGCCUCCUCUGCAUGACUAGGCUUUGCAAUUGCAAGAGGAUU